AUGACUUCUGUGGAAUCGGACGCACAGGCCGCUUCCGGCCGCUUGUUGCUUCUGUCCAACCGACUGCCCAUCACCAUCAAGCGAAGCGAGGCUGGCGCCUACUCCUUCUCCAUGUCGUCAGGAGGCCUCGUCACUGGUCUCAGUGGUCUUAGCAAAACGACGAGCUUCCAGUGGUAUGGCUGGCCGGGACUCGAAGUGCCUGCGGACGAAGUCGAUGGAAUGAAGCAGCGCCUCAAGGACGAGUAUGGCGCGCACCCCGUCUUUAUUGACGACGAGACCGCGGACAGACACUACAACGGCUUUUCGAACUCAAUUCUCUGGCCGCUUUUUCACUACCACCCCGGUGAGAUCACUUUCGACGAGCCCGCCUGGGCCGCUUACCAAGAAGUCAACCGGCUCUUCGCCAAGGCUGUCAUCAACGACGUCCAGGAUGGCGACCUGAUCUGGGUGCACGACUACCACCUUAUGCUUCUCCCCCAGAUGCUCCGCGAAGAGCUUGGCGAAUCCAAGAAGAAUGUUCGCAUCGGCUUUUUCCUCCAUACGCCAUUCCCAUCAUCGGAGAUUUACCGUAUCCUACCGGUCCGAGAAUCCCUCCUCAUGGGCCUCCUCGAUUGCGACCUGAUUGGAUUCCACACCUACGACUACGCCCGCCACUUUCUCUCAAGCUGUUCGCGCAUUCUCGGCGCGCCGACGACUCCCAACGGCAUUGACUGGAAAGGUAAAUUUGUUACCGUUGGCGCGUUCCCGAUCGGCAUUGAUCCCGAGAAAUUCGUCGAAGGGCUCGAGAAGCCCACUGUCAAGGACCGUAUCGCUGUGCUGAAACGCAAAUUUGAGGGCGUUAAGAUUAUCGUCGGUGUCGAUCGCCUCGACUACAUCAAAGGUGUUCCCCAAAAGCUACACGCCCUCGAAGUGUUCCUUACCGAGCAUCCCGAAUGGGUCGGCAAGGUUGUCCUCGUCCAGGUCGCUGUGCCUUCGCGCCAAGAUGUCGAGGAGUACCAGAACCUCCGCGCUGUUGUCAAUGAGCUCGUCGGCCGCAUCAAUGGAAAGUUUGGCACCGUCGAGUUCAUGCCCAUUCACUUCCUGCACCAGUCUGUCUCUUUUGACGAACUCACUGCCCUGUACGCUGUCUCUGACGUUUGUCUCGUCUCCUCGACCCGCGACGGCAUGAACCUUGUUUCCUAUGAAUACAUUGCCACCCAGCGCCAGAACCACGGCGUAAUGAUUCUUUCCGAGUUCACAGGCGCCGCCCAGUCUCUGAACGGGUCCCUCAUCAUCAAUCCCUGGAACACGGAGGAAAUGGCCAAUGCCAUCCACGAUGCUGUCACCAUGAGCCCCGAGCAGCGCCAAGUCAACUUCAAGAAACUCGAGCGCUACGUAUUCAAGUACACCUCAGCUUGGUGGGGGGCUAGCUUUGUCGCAGAGAUGACGCGGCUGAGCAAAGAGGAUACAAGGAGCAAGACGCUGCGCAAUGUGCACGGCGCUCUGGUGACGGGGGGCUUGAAGCCAGACCAAGCGGCAAAUGCACCGAAACAAGUACGGAUAGAUGGCGAUGGAGUCACCUCCGAGUCAACGGUGGCGAAAUAG